AAUAAAAGCCAACAGAUAGGGGGACGCCAGCAAAAUUGGUUCGGAGGGGUUGCGGGGCCAAUAACCUCUGGCUGUAGAGUCGCUGCAAUCCAGCCCCGUGUUUGCUGAUGAUAAUGCGCCUUUCCAAAGCCCUGAUAGACAUGGAGAUGGCAGAUUAUAGUGCAGCUUUAGACCCAGCAUACACUACUCUGGAGUUUGAGAACAUGCAAGUCCUGGCGAUAGGCAACGACACCUCCCCCUCAGAAGCUACAAGCCUCAACGCCUCCAACAGCAUCGGGGCUAGUGUCUUGUGUGCCAUCUGUGGAGACCGUGCAACUGGAAAACAUUACGGAGCUUCCAGCUGCGAUGGCUGCAAAGGGUUUUUCAGGAGAAGCGUCCGAAAGAACCACAUGUACUCUUGCAGGUUUAACAGGCAGUGUGUUGUGGACAAGGACAAAAGAAACCAAUGUCGGUAUUGCAGGCUAAAGAAAUGUUUUCGAGCAGGAAUGAAGAAAGAAGCUGUACAGAAUGAACGCGAUCGAAUCAGUACCCGUAGAUCCAGCUAUGAAGACAGCAGCUCGCCUUCCAUUAACGUUUUGCUGCAAGCAGAAGUACUUUCACAACAGAUGUCAUCGCCGAUUUCCAUGAUUAGUGGAGAUGUCAGAGGGAAAAAGAUUGCAAAUAUCGCAGACGUAUGUGAGUCCAUGAAGCAGCAGUUGUUGGUGCUGGUGGAGUGGGCCAAGUACAUCCCAGCCUUCUGUGAGCUUCCCCUGGAUGAUCAAGUGGCUUUGCUACGGGCACACGCAGGAGAACACCUCUUACUGGGGGCGGCCAAGCGGUCGAUGAUAUUCAAAGACAUCUUACUACUAGGAAAUGAUCACAUAAUCCCUAGAAAUUGUCCGGAACUGAUGGAGGUCAGCCGCGUGGCUGUGCGGAUCCUGGAUGAACUUGUGUUGCCUUUCCAGGAGCUGCAGAUUGAUGAUAACGAAUAUGCGUGUUUGAAAGCCAUCAUCUUCUUUGAUCCAGAUGCUAAAGGCCUCAGCGACCCCACCAAGAUCAAAAGGAUGCGGUACCAAGUCCAAGUCAGCCUGGAAGACUACAUCAAUGACCGGCAGUACGACUCCCGAGGACGCUUUGGAGAGCUGCUUCUCCUGCUGCCAACCCUCCAGAGCAUCACCUGGCAGAUGAUAGAGCAGAUUCAGUUUGUCAAGCUUUUCGGCAUGGCCAAGAUCGACAACCUGCUGCAGGAGAUGCUGCUGGGGGGGUCAUCGAGUGAUGCGCCUCAUGCUCACCAUCAUGCUCUGCACCCACACCUUAUCCAGGAGAAUCUAGGGACAAACGUCAUCGUGGCCAACACAAUGCCUGCUCAGAUCCACAAUGGGCAGUUGUCCACCCCUGAAACUCCUCAGCCUUCCCCGCCAUCUGGCUCGGGAGCCGAACAAUACAAACUACUUCCUGGGGCCAUUGCAGCUGUGGCCAAACAGCCCAGCUCGAUCCCUCAGCCCACCAUCACAAAGCAAGAGGUCAUCUAGCAUCCAACUGAAGGAAUCCACUCAGUGUCAAAAAGACCAUGCAAGGAGACUGGGGGAGGCACCCCUGGCCCCUCUUGUUCUCAUCCUGAUCCCUCUGGACGUGGAAUAUUCUCUGAGAAAUCCCAGAGCAUGGAGGCACCAAUUUAUUAGGCAGCAACAACUGCAUGUACAAGACAUGCACCUGUGCAUGCUGCCAGAGAAUACAUGCACCCCAGCAUUGCAGAACUGAUGCAUUGGUCUUGAUGGAUGCCCCGGAUCCCAAACUGUAUACCAGCUGGUGGUGGAUUGUUUCAAAAAUUGCACUGACCUGCCUGUCUCUUCACUGCCACCGAGUUACUCAGUUUUUUCCCCUCUGCAAAUCUGCUUGACUGGGGAAAACCGGCAUCAGAAUGGAAGGGAGGACAAACCUUCAUUGGGGCAUCUCUAAAUAGCUCCAAGCUCCUCCAUGGACGUCAAAGAGUUACACAUUCCCCGAUGAGAGUGGUCCCCAAGGAGGAAGAUGCAGAGUUAGGACCGGCUGCGGCUGACCUACAUGCUGCUUCUUCCACAGCUUCCCUGCCAGCUUCGGGUUAAUAUGAACCGAGCGCCCGGUUUUGACUCUUCCUGUGAUCUUCAACAACUAACAAAAUUCAGUGGCACACGCAUGUUCUCCUGAAGUACAGAUUCAAGGUGAUACUUGGUCCAGCUGGUAGAUGGUGAUUUAUGUGAGGAACCCGGCAGGCUGUUUGAACAAAAAACUGCCUUGCUGUUUCAAUCUAAGGGUCAUCUGUCCCUGUAUUCUCUCCUUCUAACUGUGGCCUGUCAUGUGAAUGAGAUGGCCUGCUUUACUUAGUUUGGUUCUCAAGUAUACUGCUUGUGGACAUGGAGGUUCCAUAUAGCUAACAUGAGCAAUGAGCUUUGAUAUACCUGUUCUCCUGGUGAAUGUGUCUAAUCCUCAUUUGCCUUGUUGGAUCAGGUCAAUUUAUUUUGGGAUGGAGGGGGAUUCAUCUGUGCUGAGGUUCAGUUAUUUUUGGUGACCUUGUUCCCCACCUGUAUCCAAAAUUGAUUUUUGUUUCAGAUGGGUAGCUGUGUUGGUCUCCAGUAGAGCAGCAAGAUUCAAGUCCAGUGGCACCUUAAAGACCAAGAAGAUUUUCAGGGUACAAGCUUUUGAGAGUCAAGCACCCUUCAUCAGAAGACCAACAUUUUCAGGAUGCAAGCUUCCGAGAGUCAAAGCUCCAUUCAUCAGACUCUCAGUGAGCUUUGAUGCUCAAAAGUUUAAUACCCUGAAAAUCUUGUUGGUCUUUAAGGUGGUACUUGACGUGAAUCUUGCUGCAAAAUAGAAUUGUAUCACUGAAUGUUAUGGAAAUAGGAUAUCCUCAUCAAGUGAGGCGAGUCCAUCUCCAUGUAGUUUCCUUAAGCGGAAUCAAAUCAUUGGUCUAUCGAGGUCAGGAUUGUCUACUCAGAUUGGCAGCAGCUUGCCAGGGUUUUAAACAGAGGUUUUUCACCUCGCCUCUUACCUGUGCCUUUUAACUGGAGAUGUCAGGGAUUGAGCCUAGGACUUCAUGCAUGCCAACAGAUGCUCUGCCACUGAGCCAUGGCCCUCCACUGUCCAUCCACUUCUAGGCAUGAAUAAAAUACAGAAUAACAACAUGUUAUGUAUUAUCCCAGGUGCUACUAUUUGGGGGUUUGUGGAGGACAAAUGAGUGCAAACUAAGGAGGCUGGGAGAGACUCAGGGACAAGGCUGACCGGACCACCUGGGCAUUUGCCUCAGGCCUCGCCACUGCUCAAGGUGUUCAUAGACCAAGGAAGCCCAUAGACAGCCUUACAGGUGGACCAACUGUACCCUUUUGCCAGGAUUUGUGCUGAUUGCAUUGUAGUGCAAGCUAAUCUCCUGCUCUUGCCAAGUUUGCUUCCUGAUUUUGAACUCAUGUUGCCAUGCCGUAGGCUAGGGAUGCUAGUACAAAUCCUUGCAUUGCUUCCCAUACCCAGAUAGCCAUUAUGGUGGUGGAAAGUGCUGUCAAGUCACAGCUGACUUAUGAUGAUGACCCCGUGGAGUUUUCAAAGCAAGAGAUGUUCAAAGGUGGUUUGCCAUUGCCUGGUUCUUCAUAGCAACCCUUGGUGAUCUCCCAUCUCCAAGUACUAACGAGGGCCAAUCUUGCUUGGCUUCUGAUAUCUGAUGAGAUUGGGCUACCCUGGGUCAUCCAGGUUAGGGCAGGAAUUAUGGUAUGUCCCUACAAACUGAGAUUUGGAAAUCGUAAUGAAGGAGGGUUGAGGGACUGCAGUUGAGCUUUGCCCUGUUCACAUGAAUGUGCAUACAUCCUGCAUGUAUAUAUAUCUAUUUGUAAGAAAGAGCCAACUCACUUUGCAAUUGAAACCAGAGACCAGUACCUGAAUAAAUGGGGAAGCCUGUAUCACACAUUCAGCAGUACAUGCAUUGAGUGUAACAUGAAAAUUACCCAAUAUAUUUUAAAAGUGAAGCGUUAACUGUACACAUGUUCACUAUAACUUCUAAACAGAGCUGUUGUCUUCCUGUUUUGAGGUCUUUAGCACAUGCUGCUAUCAUAUUUUCAAAUCUGCCUCCCCAACCAUGAUAAAUAGAAACCUGGAAAAAAAUCAGCAACUCAAAAUUCUAAGGCUGUAUGGAAGUGGGAGUGCUUGUGAUUCAAGGAUAUAAGCUUACCAUUGUAGAAUUAAACCAAAGUUUGUAAAAUAGAAGACCUGAAGAAUGCCGUAAUAAUAAUGAAAUUCAAUUUAUAUACUGCCCUUCAGGACAACUUAAUGCCCACUCAGAAUGGUUUACAAAGUAUGUCAUUAUUAUCCCUACAACAAUUACCCUGUGAGGUCGGUGGGGCUGAGAGAGCUCCUAGAAGCUGUGACUGAACCAAGGUCACCCAGCUGGCUUCAAGCAGAGGAGUGGGGAAUCAAACCUGGCUCUCCAGAUUAGAGUCCUGCUGCUCUUAACCACUACACCAAACUGGCUCUCCAGGUUGGUCAUGAAACAUGCACAUCUUGGGGGAUAUUUAUGUUUACCCUGUCUUAAAAAGCCAAUCUCACUUCAAGCUCUGAUUUAUUUAGCAUAGUGAAAGGUGUACAUCAGAAAUGUAAUAUAAAAGAAAAUCAAAAGCCCCUUGCAACCUUUCUUUUGUUCCAAGGUAUUACAUAAAAGUAGUAGAUGAGUGAAGUUUCUAGUUUCAUAGAGAAGUACAAAUCCAAUUCACAAGGAAAUGAAAAGUCACUAUAAGAUGACUCUGGGCCCUCAUUAUUUAUGUGGCAAAAUUAUAUUGAGAACCUGUCAUAUGAAGUGAGACUACAAGUUACCCCAUUUUUAAAGAAGCUAAUUUUCUAGCAUUUGCCAGGAUGCAGGAACUUUUUAAAAAAAAUUACUUCAUUUAUAUUCUCCUUUCUCCCCACUGGGGACCCAAGGCGGUUUUCAUUAUUUUCCUCUCCUCUAAUUAAUCUUCACAACAACCCAGUGAUGUAGGCCAGAGCGAGAGUGUGUGACUGGCCCAAGGUCACCCAACAAGGGGACUUGAGCCUGGGUCUCAGGUCCUAGUCUGACACUCGAUGCAAGUAUUGAGGGAGAAAGCACACUCGCUUGGGCGUGAUGCUUCCUCCUGAGAAACAGUUGCGUGAAUAGGUUGCGUGAAGAGGGCUGUGGAUGGUCAGCAAAGAUGUGUGGCUGAAAUGCUCUGAAAUUCCUUAUUUACAUAUAUGGGACCUGUUGUCAUAGGUACAUCUGGUUCCAAACUGUCUACUCUAGCUAGCAACAGUUCUCCUGAGUCUCAGCAGAGAAAGGUCUUUCCUAGCUGCCUCCUGAGAUUCUUUCAGAUGUCAGGGACUGAACCUGCAACUUUCUCCACACAAACCCUGAUUUAUAAUGACAAUAAUAAUAAUAUUUGAUUUCAUAUACCGCCCUUCAGAAUGACUUAACACCCACUCAGAUCAGUUUACAAAGUAUGUCAUUAUUAUCCCCACAACAAAACACCCUGUGAGGUAGGUGGGGCUGAGAGAGCUCUAGAGAGCUGUGACUGACCCAUGGUCACCCCAUUGGCUACAAGUGGAGGAGUGGGGAAUCAAACACGGUUCUCCAGAUUAGAGUCCUGCGCUCUUAACCACUACACCAAGCUGGCUCUGAGCCACAGCUAUUCCCCAUGUAAGGAAUCUCACACAGACUCAUAAAGGAUAUGGGACAGACAUUUUGAAUUCCCCCAAGAUAUUUUAAGUUCCCCAAAGCCCACAUCUAUACCCUAUUGUAUUGCCUGUUUAUGGCCCAGCCAUUGACCAUGUUGAUUUUUACUGUGUAAUCUGCCUUGAGGCUCAGCGAGAAAGGUGGACUGCAAAUAACAAUAACAAGAGCAACACAUUUAACAUCCUUCCAUCUGCAUCUCUUCUGCUUUUUCUUACUGACACCUUGAACACAGAAAACUGCCAGGCCAUGGGUUUAUCCAUGUUAGAAUUAUCUAUUCUGACUGGCAGCAGGUCUUAGGAAGAGGUAUCUCACACCACCUACUAUCUGCUCCUUCCUAAGUGGAGAGGCCAGGAAUAGAACCUGGGGCCUUUGGCAAGCAAAGUAGGUGUCCUGCCACUGCCACAGCCCUAUCCCUGCUGGUCCCUCCUGGGAGAGGAAUGAAAAAAAGAACAAUUUGAUGCACUGUCCAUUCAGAGCACUGCCCUAUCUCAGGAAAGCCUAGUGAGGCCUCCAUUAAGAGAAGUCUUAGGGUGCUUAGGAGGAUCUUGAAGGAGCAGCGCUCCUUCUGCUGAAGAUCUUCUCUUUUUUUCUAUCUGGGCCCACAAGUGAUGAAAAAUUAGCCUUUGUUCAAAGUGCUCUGAGCAGGAAAGAGCAAUGGCAGCAUCUGUUAUAUACACUGUAUCUGUGCCCUGGAAAGAUUGCUGUCUUUGGAACCCCUUCCCUCCUCAGCAUCUGUCAAAGAAUUUGCACAUGUGCCAGAGAGCCCCGAUGCAUUGCAGAGAUUUCUGGGGGCAGGAAAGAGUUGUAGGGUGUUUACAAUUCACAUGGAAUGCUGGCCAAACCUCCUUGUGUAUCACCAAUACCCCACAUGGGGUGCACCAUAAGAGACACUCAACACAGCUCUGCCAAUGUGGAUUGCAGGGCUUAUUUCAAGGGGGAAUGUGCAGGAACGCAGUUCUGGCAGUUCCCCAAAGAGGUCACAUGUCAUCUGGCCCCACCCACCUGAUUCUUGGCCAUUUUGGGCCCAUUUUGUCCUGUAUUGGGGCCGAAAUGGCCCGGAUUGAGCGUCUGACGGGUGAUGGAUCACUCUCCUGCUCAGCAGCGACCCGAUCCUGACCAUUUCGGGCCCCUUUUUGGCUAUUUUCAGCCCCUUUUUGCCAUUUUGGGCCCAAUUUAGGCCCUGAAUGGCCAGGACUGGGUCCAAAACAGCCAGGAUAAGUGAUGUCAGGGGUGAGUGGCACAUGCAAAUCAGUUAUGCUAAUGACACAUUUCCGGUUAUGUCAAGGGGUGUGGCACAUGAGAAUGAGAUAUGCUAAUGAGUUCCUCCAGCUCUUUUUCUACGAAAUGACCCCUGGUGGAUUGCAAUAGAAGUUCAACACUGAUGGGCAAGCGUCUUUCAGGGAAGAUACUGUACUUGCUAGAAGGAAAGACCUGGGUCUGAGGUCUUUCUCUGGCCCUAAACCCAGAAACCAAACCUGGAUCUUUACGCACUCAAGUUCCAUGCCCUGCUACUGAACAUGCCCUCUUUUGCUAUUGCUGGCCUUUCCAUUCAGAAACCCAAAUGGUUAAAAAACCUCAGAGAGUGUGAGACUCAGUUCCUGCCAUCUCAUUGCAUUUAGGAACUUGAAUUAUACAUUGGGGAAAUACUUGCUCAUGAUGACCACAAACAUAAAUUCGGUGGCAUCAUCUCUAGAAUGUAAAGCACAGCUGAAGUUAUAACUGCCAAAAGAACUCAAGCCAGAUUCUUAACUGGAGUAAGACCAGCCUGUUGAUAUUAACGGAGCUCAUCUCAUUUACACUGGCAUAGAGUGUCUUUUCCCUCUACUUCAGAUGCAAAAAUACAUACCUUGCCAACAGACAGAGGGUGUCAAAGUAUUGUAAUAUUUGGCAACCAGGACCUUGUUAUGCUGUAUAAUUUAUUAUUAUGAUGGACCGAAUCACUUUUUCCAUAAAUUAUUUUGUAAAUCGUGUUGAUUAUUUAUAAUUGCAAAAUUGAACGCAAAUAACAUAAAUGACAAAAACUGCUGCCUCAAAUGUUUUCUGUAUGUAGGGAUAGUCUGAGUGUUUGGGCUGCAAAGUUCCCUCAUGCCAAAAAGUCUAGUACGGUACAUUGAUUUUGUUGACUAAUGCCUUCCAAUGGAAACAGAGCUGUAUUUCUUUAUUAGUAUUUUUUA